UCGCUCGCGACCCGCGGUAAACGCACGUCCGUCUAGCCCAGUGUAUUACGUGUUUAGUGAAAUCACGAUGAAAGCGAUAACAGCAGUGUGCGCGACCGGCGCCUCGGUCCCGGCCAUCGCCAGCGGCCGAGUGGAGCGGCACCGGGACAUGGAGAACGCGGAGAUCCAGAUGUACCUGUCGAAGCUGCAGGACUUGGUACCGUUCAUGCCGAAGCACCGGAAGAUCUCGAAGCUGGAGGUGAUCCAGCACGUGAUCGACUACAUCUGCGACCUGCAGUCGGCGCUGGAGAACCACCCGGCAGUGGGCCAGUUCGACGCGGAGGGCGCGCUGGCGGCGUCGCCGCCGCUGGCGCUGGCGCCCACGGAGCGCCGCCGGCGCCGGCCGCUCAGCCAGCGCGCGGCGCCCAACACCAUCCUCCGCAACACAACCUCCAGCCAGGAACACAGACAUCACACGACGCCCGAAAAGCAGAACCAGCCGGACAGGCCGUCGUGCUAAGUGAUGCGUAGGUUUUAAGGGACAAUUAAUUUAUGGUAAAGUAAGAUACCUCGAGGCGGCUCCCCGCGGCGGGCGGCCCGGCAUCAGUUCCAGUGAACAUCAUCUCGCGAUGAUAUCCUAUGUGCGAUCUCGUUACGAUCAGUAAACUACUUUAAUAUUAUAUUAUUGUUUGGUGGCAUUACGCUGAAGACUAAGUGCAUUGCAAUGCAAUCGCCGUCGUCACGACGAGGCGAACUGUUUUGUUAUAUUUUUAUGUAAAAAGCUUUACUAAUUAUUAUUAGACCGAUGUAUGUACAUUUUCACGUUUGUAA